AUGAAGCUAGUAUACCUCUCCUCCGCUGUAGCCUUUGGCUCCGCAAUCGCCGAUACGGCCCCGUGGGAAGGUCCCGGGCCGAGUGACGUGCGCGGGCCUUGUCCUAUGCUUAACAGUUUAGCAAACCACGGAUUUUUACCUCACGACGGAAAGAGCAUCAAUGUAAAUAAGACGGUAGAUGCUCUAUCUUCGGCGCUGAAUCUCGCCCCUGAGCUCGCCAGCUUCUUGCACUCGUUCGCCGUGACUACGAACCCUCAACCUAACGCGACGACCUUCGAUCUAGACCACCUUAGCAGACACAACAUAUUGGAACAUGAUGGAAGCCUGAGUCGUCAGGAUUCUUUCUUUGGUCCUGCGGAUGUCUUUAACGAGGCUGUCUUUAACCAGACUAAAUCAUACUGGACUGGAGAUGUAAUUACUAUACAGAUGGCAGCCAACGCGCGUGUGGCCCGUCUUAUGACUUCGAACCUUACGAACCCCGAGUACACGCUUUCGCACUUGGGUUCAGACUUCAGCAUCGGCGAGUCAGUUGCAUAUCUCUCUAUUCUAGGAUCUAAGGAGACAGGCGAAGUUCCGAAGGCCUACGUAGAGUACUUGUUUGAAAACGAACGAUUACCGUAUGAGCUUGGUUUCUCAAAGAUGAAGGAACCCAUGACGGAAAGUGAUCUGGAAGGUCUAAUGGAUAAGCUCGUCGCAUCUCAGCAUUUCCCCCAAUCACCUGGCACGAUUUCUAAGCGUACUGAGAAGUCAUCCGAGAAGCGUGCUGAGAAGCGUUGCCCAUUUCACUAG